AUGGCGCGACUUCGCCUCUGGCCAACACGGGCAGGAGUAGAGAGCAGCGGGCCCUGCUCACCGCCGCCCACUGCUCCUCCCCGCGCUCCCCCUCACCUCGACGUCCUCUCGGCCCCUCAGGGACGUCUAAGGGAGCGGGCCCCAUGCGGGGGUCCCCCGCCGCACGCCGAGCGCGGCAGAACCCCUGCUUGCCCGGGGGGGGGGGGGGGGGGUGCCCGAUACCAGGGUCCCGCUCCCCACGACCCCACGCCGUGCCGCGCCCGCCUCGACCCGCCUCCUCCUCAGGUGCCCCUCCUCAGGCACCGCGCCGCCGCUGCCGUCCCUCCUCGGGGAAAAGGCGCCGGUGUCUCCCGCCCCGGGCUCCCCUCCGCGGGGCACCUGCUCCCCUCAGGCCGGCCCUGGGCGGGCUGGCAGCGCCGCCGCGCCUCUGCCGCUCCCGCCCGCCGGUCCCGCACGCACCCUUCACCCGCCGCCAUCUUGGGCGCCCCGAGCCGCCGCUGCCUCGGAGCGGCCCCUCCGCGACGUCAGUGCCGCGCGGGGCCGCCCCCGCCCGGGGGAGCGCAGCGGCAGGCAGGGGGGGCCCGCGGGGAAACGCGCGGCGGUGGCGGGGGAGCGCCGCGAACAUCCCCGCGCUCGCCCAGUACCCGCACCCUCACCCCCACGGCCGCCCCGGGCCCUGCCGCCGCCCCGCACCCACCUGCCCAUCGCCAUGUGCCGGCGGCGGGUCUGUCACCAGAUUUGUAG